AUGAAGGUAGGGAAGGAGGCGGAGAAAGAAGGAAGUAUCCAGGCUGAGCAUCGUGAAGGGGCCUCACCCACCAGCAGCCUCCUGCUGCUACUGUUGCUCCUAAGCCCAGGCCCUGGAGGAGCAUUGCCGCUGGCACCCAGCACUACAUCGUGCUGUACUCAGUUCUACCAACAGCCACUCUCAAGCAAACUACUGAGGAAGGUCAUCCAAGUGGAAUUUCAGGAAGCUGAUGGGGACCAUCACCUCCAGGCCUUCGUGUUUCACCUGUCUUGAUGCAGCAUCUGCAUCCACCCCCAGAACCGCAGCCUGACUCUAUUUGACUGCCAAGGGAAGAGGCUCCAGGGGACUCUGCCCAACUGAGUUUGGAGAUGAUAGGGAAAAUGGGCCGGGGCCUCCAGUAGCCAAAAUAAUAAAGCAGCAUUGCCCAAUA